AUGAAUAAAUAUGAAAUUUUAGGUGUAAAUGGCGAGGGAGCUUAUGGAGUUGUUUUGAAAUGCAGAAAUAAAGAAACCUAAGAAAUAGUUGCCAUCAAAAAAUUCAAAGAGACUGAAGAUGAUGAAAUAGCUAAAAAAAAUAUAUAAAGAGAAGUUAAAAUGCUUAGAUAGCUACGCCAUAAAAAUAUUGUAGACUUGAUAGAAGCUUUUAAAAGAAAAGGGAGAAUUUAUUUAGUAUUUGAAUAUGUAGAAAAAAAUCUCUUAGAAGUUUUAGAAGAAAAACCAACUGGCUUAGAUCAUGAAGUUAUUAGAAUUAUCAUGUAUUAACUGCUUAAGGCUCUUCAUUAAUGUCAUAAAUAAGAUGUGAUACAUAGAGAUGUAAAGCCAGAGAACUUAUUGGUUAAUCCUUAUAAUUAUGAGUUAAAAUUAUGUGAUUUCGGUUUUGCUAGAACUUUGCCUUCUAAGUAAGGAGAAAUUAUAACUGACUAUGUGGCUACAAGAUGGUAUAGAGCCCCAGAAUUACUUUUAAAAUAUCCUAAAUAUAGUAAACCUGUUGAUAUUUGGGCAGUAGCCUGCAUUAUGGGUGAAUUAAUUGAUGGAUAACCCCUUUUUCCAGGAUAGAAUGAAAUAGAUCAACUCUAUUUGAUAUAGAAAACUCUUGGCCCGCUCACUCCUGAAUAAAAAGAAUUAUUUAUUAAAAACCCUCGUUUCAUUGGAACAAAGUUUCCUGAAAUAAAUAAACCAGAAACUAUUGAAAGAAGAUAUCUAGGGAAGUUAAGUAAAAAAGCAUUAAAUAUCAUGAAGUUAAUGCUAAAAAUGGACCCUGAUGAGAGAAUAACUGCUGAGGAAGCGAUGAAACAUCCUUAUUUUGAUGGAGUCAGAGAGUAAUUUGAUAAAGACGAUAAUGUUACUAAACCAGUAAGUGCAGUUACAAUAGAUUUAAAGAGAGAAAAUUCUCAUCUAAAGAAAAUGCCUUAAACUGAUAAGUAAAUAAAUCUUUCUAGAAAAGUUGAUAUUAUUGGAAAAACUGAAUCGAAUGAUAUUGAUGAAAAAAACAAUGGUAUGGUUUAAAAUAACGAAGAUCACAACGAGUAUGGAGAAUCUUAUGGAAAACAAUCAAUGAAGCUUGAAAAAUCAACUAAACUAUUUGGGCAAAAAUCAAUUCCUACAUAUUUAUAAGGGUAGUAAUUUAUGUAAAGUUCAGUUUAUAAUUACAAAGUAUCAGAUAAAAAUCUUGAGGAAGGAUCCUUUAUAGACCAAGAUAAAAAUUUGAAAAAGAAUAAUUAAGAUAAAAGCUUGGAAAAGAAGACAGCAGCAGUAAUACCUGCUCAAGUUGGAGACCAAAUUAAAAAAAUUCCUUUGAAAAAAAAUUUAAGCUUAAACAAAAUACAUAAGACAUUUUACUAAUCAGUAGCGAUGAAAGAGGAUGAUAAGCAAUAUGCAUAAUUUAAGUAAACUUAAAGAGAUAACAAUAUUAUGAGCUAAAAGCAAGUAUUACCAUCAAUAACAAAAAAAUUUCUUAUAGAUAAUGGAGCAAAUUCAAAUUCACCCACAUCUAGGACUGCUAAGCUUUCUCUGGGAUCGACUUCUCAGUUCACUAAAUAAACAAAUGGAUAAUUCAUAAACCCGAGCGGAAGUACUACAAAUGCAAAUAGUACUUCGAGACUAGUGAACGAUAUGAACUUCUCAAAAUUUCAUAACCUUAAUGUUAUUUACAAUACUAAUACUUAUAAUUACAACAUGCCUCUUACUUAAAAAGCAGCAAACAACACUAAAAAAACAAAACCUAAAUACUAAAUUUGA